AUGUCAGAUGGCAGCUCUUCGAACACCAAGCACAACAAAAAGAGGAAGUCUUUUUUGAGACCAACCGCUUCUGCCUUGAAUCCGACACUCACAAACGUCUCUCCCGAAUUCUUGGAAAAGCUAAAGAAUUCUCCACGAUGGCAGGAUAUUGUCGAUCUGAUCUGCAAGGAGCUCAAUCUACCUGAUAUCAAUACUCGCUCUGGAUUGAAGAAGAUUCACCGGGAUUUUGAUACAAUUCACCGGACGUUACACACGCUAUAUGCGGUCACUCAUUCCGACAAAGUCGCUGGAGCUGUCGUUGGCAUCUUUGGAAAACUGGCAGAAGACGGCAUCCUUCUCCGAAGGAUAAUCAAGGAGACGGGAUUUCUCGACAUGGCUGUGACGAUGCUUGACGAUUGGGACACAACGGAGCGGACCUGCGUCGUGAUCGUCAUCCAAUCGCUCUGCCGCGCCAUCAGCAAAUGUGACGUUGACCUCUGUCCACAAGUGGUUCAAGAAGCGGCACCGAUGCUCAUGCGCGUCCUUGAGGAGCGCCCAUUCCCCGACAACGAUUCGCAGGAAACUGCGCUUGAAGCUCUGAUCGUAAUCGCGCUGUCACACUGCGUUCGUCCAGUCUGUCUCGUACCGGAGGGUCAUAAACCGUCCGCAGUGCUCAAGAAACUCGAUACAAAACGUCUUAAUCGUCUCAUGGUUUCACUCGCUCGCAGGCCCAUCUACUUCGACCACGUUUUCAAACAUUUUGUGAGCUCGACUUACGCCUGCAGUUCUGCCUAUUGGGCCACACCAAGCGCCAUCGACUUCUUGGUGGCAUGUACUAGGAGCGUACAACUCGAGAUCCGAAACACAGCCAUCGUCAGCCUUUUACUUCUCCACGCUCCAAUCGAGGAGCCAGAGGACACUUCAAUACAGAACCCCGAAACAUUCUUGAACGAUAUGCAACAGAAGCUGAGCGCUGCUCCGGAGAGAAUUCUAGUCAAGAUUGGCAAACGAGGGCCGGAGCGGUCUGAGAUGGUUCUCAUGAUACAGACCAUAGUCCAAUUCCGGGAUUAUAUGGUCGCACUCCUCGCCUCUCCUUCUACCGAUUGGAUCGCCUUGGGUCAUAAGCUCGUCGAGCUGAUUCUUCAAUCGGAGUAUCUACCAAACGGUACUUGGAUAAGCGAGGGGUUACGGGGCCAUCGCAAUUGGCCCUGCGCCUCUUUCUUCGACACACUCCCUCACUGCGCCAAAGCAAUCCGAGCGCAAGCGAAGUCUCCUGCAGACCACGAUAAAGCCGACAUACUCGACAUCAAAUAUUGCAUCGCCACCCAACAGAAGGACAGCGCUCGACGUAUUGCUCGUAACUCGAUAAAACGGAGCUCAGAAAUCGCCUUUUUCUACUAUGCCGCCUCCAUCGACGCUGAACCCUACGAGGGUCUGCAUUAUUCGAAGAAAGGGCUGAAGUGUUCGGAGCUCACGGACUACGUGCGGUUCAACCUUUUAUAUCGGGCAUCAACUCACGCCUUGGAGUUGGCUCAGAUGAAGCUCAUGGAGAGGAAUGUGGGUGAGGGGUACGCGUUCGCGAUGUCCGCGCUGGAAGAUUCCAGGACGUACCUUCGGGAGUGUCCGCUGGACUCGAGGAGGCUUAGGUCGAACGUGUACGUGUACGCACUGUCGCUGAUGCUGGUGAAAGGUCCGGAGUUGACGGUGAACUCGCCGGAGUUGAAGGAGGCUCAGGAGAAACUCGACUGGGUCGAUGAAUACGCGAAAUUCGAAGGACGUCCUAUACUUAGGACUAGAGAGCGUCUCACCACCAUCACACUCCUCCGCCGCCUCGACCACGCGUGGGAAGAUUGGUCCGCCGUGCUGCGGCAGGUCGACGCUCACCACAAUUGUCAUCACGUCCAUCCUCACAAUACGGACGAGUAUCUGGCAACACUUCUCAGUAGAUCGAACUUUCAGCAGUGCGACAUCAACUCCGGGCAUAAAGCGGAAAGGAAAGGAUAUGGAGUCGAUCUUCCUACGCCAAAGGGAGAUUCACCAAGCGAUUUGUAUCGCUGUUCGUGGUGUAGGACACCAAGUGCGGUCUUGAAGAGGUGUAAAGCUUGUGAGAAGGCGAGGUACUGUGACGAGGCCUGUCAGUCACGACACUGGAAUGAGCAUAGAAAGGACUGUGGAGAAAGGUCUAACAAGACUUAAACCUUGCCAAUUGUCCAAAUUUGUAUUUUCAGUGCUGUAUCGUUAGCUUUACUCGCAUGCUCCAUCGUAUCGCUGC